AUGGCGACUGAUUUGAAAGUGAAAACUGGAUGUUGGAGAAGGAGAGCUGGCAGACGGGUUGUCGACAGAUUUUUUUUUCAGAAUAGUGAAUUGGGUCACUUGACCUUCUACUCGGUGCCCAAGGCAGACAGGACGCCGGGUAUCAAAUGCGUCAAGGGAUAUGUGGAUCCACCAUGCAACAAAUCUGCAGAUGCGCACACAAUAUAUUAUUUUGAUGACACAUCUAUUGCUCCAUUGCAGCAGGACUGGAAGCAGUAUGACGAAGGAAAUGGUUAUGUGAAGGAGCUGGACUCCAGCAACAACGUUUUUCACCUCUACUAUCUAAAUGUUGACAAAGUGUAUUGUUACUAUCGAUGUGCUGCUAAUACAGCCGGUUCGGACUUUGCUGCUGUAGCAGUGACGAUCGGCACUCAGCACGAUCCUGAUGUGCUGAAGGCUGUUGCUGAGUGCAAGAAGAGGUUGAAGGCCGUGGGCUUGUGCGUGGAUCUUGAGGACAUCGAAACUUGUACUGAAUACUAGUUCGUAACUCUAAUACAUGUGUCAUUCAAAUUAAAUAAAUCUUUAUUUUACGUUGUA